UUGAGCUGCUUAGGAAGGGGCUGCUAGCCCGGGUGCGUGUGACUUCUUCCGAAGAAACGGCCGCCACCGCAGCGAUUUUCCAAGCCCCACAGUGUACUCCCCCGGCCUUAGUGAUGGCUCAUGAAGAAAUGGAGUAUAGUCUUCAGAUGCAAGUAGAGCAUCAUGCUGCAGAACUGCCUGCUCCUGCUGAUGUGGCCAGCAGCCCCCUGGGACCGCCCCUGAUCCAGCCUCUAUCCGCUGAAGUGGCCAGCAGCCAAGGGGGACCGCCCCUGAUCCAGCCUCUAUCCGCUGAAGUGGCCCGCAGCCAAGGGGGACCGCCCCUGAUCCAGCCUCUAUCCGCUGAAGUGGCCAGCAGCCAAGGGGGACCGCCACUGUUCCAUCCUGCUCCACAGGUGUCUGUUGACCGGACAGAGGAAGUGGGGCUACUGGGAGAUGGUGUGGGGAACAUUAAUCCAGGAAUUGCAGAGGAGCACGGGCAGGGAUCUGGUGUUAACCGCCCCGUCCAAGUGUCGUCAUUGGACUCCAUGAACAGCUUCAUCAGUGGGCUGCAGAGACUUCACGGCAUGCUGGAAUUCCUGAGGCCCCCUUCAGACAACACUGUGGGGCCACUGAGAGCCAGGAGGACGAGGGGGUCUGCUUCACGCAGGUCAAGACCCGGAGGGUCUCAGAGGACCGACCGUGCCAGGUCCACAGCACCACUGGAUGCUUACUUUCAAGUGAGCCGGACCCAGCCUCAUUUGUCAGUCACCUCUCAGGGUUCAGAGACCAGGAAUCCGGUCUCUGAGGACUUGCAGGUCUCCGAUAGUUCUGAUUCUGACAGCUCCACAGAAUAUGAGGAAGUUGUCCAGGCGGAGGAACCUAGAACUGUUGUAGAAGAGCAAGUAGGAGGUACCUCAACAGAACCAGAAGUUACGAGUAUGCAUGAAGGAGAGACACUCCCCAAACAGUCUCCCCAGAAGACCAAUCCUCUUCUGUCUUUUGUGUCUAUGGAUGAUGAAGAAGGAGACACUUGCACAAUAUGUUUUGAACAUUGGACCAAUGCUGGGGAUCACCGACUCUCAGCAUUACGCUGUGGACACCUCUUUGGGUACAAGUGCAUUUCUAAGUGGCUCAAGGGACAGGCACGAAAAUGUCCUCAGUGCAACAAGAAAGCCAAGCACAGUGACAUCGUGGUUCUUUAUGCCCGAACCCUGAAAGCUCUGGACACAAGUGAACAUGAGCAAAUGAAAAGUUCCUUCCUGAAGGAGCAGAUGCUCAGGAAGCAGGCCGAGUUAGAGUCGGCACAGUGCCGGCUCCAGCUUCAAGUCCUCACGGACGAAUGCGCUAAGCUUCGUAGUCGUGUCCAGGAUUUGCAAAAACUUCUUGUGCAGCAUCGGGAGCAGAUUUCACAGCAGCCGGGGGCCUCCCAGGCCCGCUUCCCGAGCUGCCUGCCCUCCAGCCAGGGCCAGCACAAGUACCAUUCCCAGAAGACCUUCACGGUGUCCCAGACAGGAAACUGCCGAAUCAUGACAUACUGUGAUGCUCUGAGCUGCCUGGUGGUGUCACAGCCUUCUCCUCAGGCCUCCUUCCUUCCAGGCUUUGGUGUUAAGAUGUUGAGUACCGCCGACAUGAAAAGCAGUCAGUACAUUCCCAUACACAGCAAACAGAUCCGUGGACUGGCUUUUAGCAGUCGGCCCAAAGGCCUGCUGCUCUCUGCUUCCCUAGACAGCACUAUAAAACUGACCAGCCUGGAGACAAACACAGUGGUGCAGACUUACAACGCCGGACGUCCUGUCUGGAGCUGCUGUUGGUGUCUUGAUGAAACUAAUCACAUCUAUGCUGGCCUGGUCAAUGGUUCGGUUCUGGUGUAUGACCUUCGAAACACAAGCUGCCAUGUCCAGGAGCUAGUACCCCAGAAAGCCAGAAGACCGCUGGUAUCCCUGUCAUACAUCCCCAGAGCCGCCUCGGCUGCAUUUCCUUAUGGUGGCGUCCUGGCUGGAAACUUGGAGGACGCUUCCUUCUGGGAGCUAAAAACGGGCCCUUCUCAUCGGCCUCAUGUGCUGCCCAUGGAGCCAGGGGGUUGCGUAGACUUUCAGACGGAGAGCAGCACGCGACACUGUCUUGUGACCUACAGGCCUGAUAAGAAUCACAACACUUUACGAAGUGUCCUGAUGGAGAUGUCCUACACGCUGGACGGUGCUGGAGAGCCGGUUUGCUCCUGCCAUCCUGUGCAAACAUUCCUUGGGGGUCCCACAUGCAAACUAUUGACCAAAAGUGCCAUUUUCCAGAACCCAGAGAGUGAUGGCAGCAUCCUGGUGUGUACUGGGGAUGAAGCAUCAAAUUCUGCCCUGCUGUGGGAUGCCGGCAGCGGCUCGUUGCUGCAGGAACUGCAGGCCGAUCAGCCCGUCUUGGACAUCUGCCCGUUUGAGGUGAACCACAGCAGCUACGUGGCUACCUUAACGGAGAAAAUGGUGCGCAUAUAUAGGUGGGAGUGACUGGGUCUGGGACGCGUCGGGCGUGCUGCCGGUGAGAGGUAAAUGUUUGCUAGCACCUACAGCCCUGAGCAAGAUCUCUGCUUAUUACCUGUGGCCUCGAACUUCUGGGAUCAUGGUUCCUUUGGAUGAAUGUGAUUCUAAGACCCCAGGUCACUGAAACACUACAGCUUGUGUAUUUGCAGUGUCCAUCCAAGGAACAAGUGAUUGGUACUCUGUUGACAUUAUCAUUGUCUUGGGCUCAAAGCCUUCACAAAUCUGUUGAGAAUCUGUAUUUCUGAUCAGACAUUCUCCUGGACCGCAGAGAGUACCCUCCCAGCAGUCAUGUAGAAUGAAUAUGCACCAAGUGUUUUCUGGAGGAUAUGACACCCGCCUAAGCGGCCUUGUCACUGGAACUUUACAACUCAGGAAUGAAUGUUAUGUCCCGGGAGAGGCCAACCGGCUGUGUUGCGUGGAUGCAGAAGAGUCUUCAGUUGAACACAAGAGGGCACUAUACAACCUGGUGAAGAAUUCGAUCCAUUUCUGACCUUGCGUGUUGACAGCCUUUCAGUUGCUUGGUCUCAUGCCUGCACAAGUGUGUGGUGGAGCACAUCUGGUCUACUUUGUGGCAGCAACAGCUAUAUUCCGGUGUGCAGUGCUGGGCUGUUGGCAGGCCCGGUGAUGGAGGUGGCUGAUGAGCCAUAGACCCUUUCGGAAUGCUGAGUGCAUUAGGUUCAUCACAUUGUGGGAACCAAGUAAAGAGACCAGUUGUUUGAGCAGUGGGGAAGCCUCGAUUUUUUCUUGCUAUCCAAGGAUCUCAGGAUUGAUUUUAUAUAAGCCAGGGUUCUGAAGACCCCCUCCUCCCUCUUACUAGGAAAAGAUGAGUGACAUGUCACAGCUCUUAUUUUAUUCCCUCCUAGUAAAAGAAGUCAAGGGCAAGGGACUAAGCAAGAGAGGCUUACAAAAGGGAAGCUCCUGAGAUCACUGCUGAAAACAGGAGGUAGAGCCUUCCUCAUGUGAAACUGGUGUUUGACUUCAGCUUCCUCUGAUAAUGCCUUCCUUCCCAGCCUUUUUAAAGAGUCUUGUGAGUGAAGUAGUUGUUCUCAGAAAGAUAAGAGUGUGUGGAGACCUGUGUGGAUUGCAGGGAGGAGCCCGUCAGCUUUUGUUCCAACCAUUGCAAACUUCACUUUUCUCCGGUAGAGGGAAAGGUUCCGUUUGUAUCUGUUUGCUUUGCCUCCGGCUGCUCUGCUAAACCGCAGUCUGCAGUAGAACACGCUUCAAGGUGUGGGCGGUCAGUGCCCUGUUCUUGGAAGCAGGAUGGCCAAGAGUGUGACUUUUUAAAACAAUUAUUCUAGAAACAUUAUUUUUAAAACCGUCCUGACCAAUAACUCCUGAGCUGUUGCCAGCAUUUCUCACCAGCAAAGGGUUAUAGCAAUAGAUUUCCCCAGAGUUUCAAGUUCCAGUUGUGCCUUCUAAAGAUGCCAGUUUCCAGAUGCUGGGAAAGAGCCUCCUUUUCUCAGAGGAGCUAUUCCUUUCAAUAUGCUGAUGAUUGAGAACGAGGGCGCAAGCCCAGAGCAUCAGCGGCAGAAAGGGAUUUGAACCGGAAAGCAGAACUCAUCUGGUUUCCACAGAUCAUCAGAGGAUGCAGUUGGCAGGCCCUGGCUGCCUUUGUAUUUGGCAAGGACAGACCCCGCGGUAGAGUUAGGAUUUGACCAAGGCUGAUGCUCAUUGAAUUCCCCCACACAUAGGAACCAAGGAACUUGCUACCAGGGAAGUUGGGUGGAUCUCGUGUGUUGCCAAUUCUUGCAUUCCUCCAGUAAAUUUGGAUGUUUUAGAGAUAAAUUUAUGUAACUUCAACUGAUUUCUCCAAAGAAAAGACCUUGCCCCCAGCCAUCCUACCCCUGCACCCCUCAGCCUGCAGGAGAUUGCCUCUGUAGUGCCAGGCUCUGCGGUCCUGUGCUGCAGCAGCUCCGCCCCAACAUGUCCCCUCACCCGUGCCUCUAAGGGAGUUUUCCCAUACGAGGGUUUGGAGUUCAGCCUCAAGAUAUCUUUUUGGUGUGUAUCAUUGUACCUGCUUUGACAGACAGGGGAGUGGGAUCUCAGUUCAUGUUCUGUGUUUUAAUGUCUGUAUUUUAUGUUUUAAUGUUAAUAUGAAAAUAAAGCAUUGGCUAUGUGUACCAA